GAUUGGAAUUUGACAUGGCACACAGAAAAUCCAGACUUCACACAAUGUUUUCAGAACACAGUCCCGGUCUGGAUUCCUUGCAUUUACCUGUGGGUCUGCUUCCCAGUGUACUUCCUAUACCUUCGUUGUCAUGACAGGGGAUACAUACAAAUGUCAAACCUCAACAAAGCCAAAACGGCUUUGGGCUUAAUACUGUGGAUAGUCUGCUGGGCAGACCUUUUCUACUCUUUCUGGGAAAGAAGUCAAAAUAUUUUUCGAGCCCCGUUUUUUCUUGUUAGGCCUACAGUAUUGGGUAUAACAAUGUUGCUUGCCACAUUUUUAAUACAAUAUGAAAGAAUAAAAGGAGUCCAGUCUUCAGGUGUAAUGACGAUUUUCUGGCUCAUCUCAUUGUUAUGUGCCACAGUGGUUUUUAGAUCCAAAAUAAUACAUGCCUUAAAUAUGGGUGCUGAAGUGGAUGCAUUUCGUUAUGUCACUUUCUGUAUCUACUUCAUCCUGUUAUUUGUACAGCUCCUCCUGUGCUGUUUUCCGGAACGACCACCUUUGUUUUCUGAAACAGUAAACGAUCCUAAUCCAUGUCCAGAGUUCAGUGCUUCUUUCCUCUCCAGAAUCACAUUCUGGUGGAUCACUGGGUUGAUGGUUCAGGGUUAUCGGAGACCUUUGGAAGCCAAGGAUUUGUGGUCAUUAAAUAAAGAGGACAAAUCAGAGGAGAUAGUGCCAGGUUUGGCUCGAAACUGGGCAAAAGAGUGGGCAAAGACCAAGAGGCAGCCAUUAAACAUGUUAUAUUCGCCCAAAAAGCAGCAAAAAUCAAGCGACUCAAAUGGUGAUGUGACAGAAGAGGCUGAAGCUUUGAUUCUAAAACCAUCUCAGAAGAGCUCUGAAGCAUCUUUAUUCAAGGUGCUAUAUAAAACCUUUGGACCCUAUUUUCUCAUGAGCUUCCUGUUCAAAGCUGCACAUGAUCUCUUGAUGUUUGCAGGCCCAGAAAUUCUGAAAUUGCUGAUCAACUUUGUAAAUAACAAAGCUGCCCCAAACUGGCAAGGCUACUUUUACACAGGGCUGCUGUUUGUUUGUGCCUGUCUUCAGACACUGAUUCUUCACCAGUAUUUUCAUAUUUGCUUUGUAACUGGAAUGAGGCUCAAAACAGCUAUUGUUGGUGUAAUUUAUCGAAAGGCACUUGUUAUCACAAAUUCUGCUAGGAAGACUUCUACUGUGGGUGAGAUUGUGAAUCUAAUGUCUGUGGAUGCUCAGAGAUUCAUGGACUUGGCUACCUAUAUAAACAUGAUUUGGUCUGCACCUCUCCAGGUGAUAUUAGCACUAUACUUACUGUGGCAGAAUUUAGGUCCUUCAGUGCUGGCAGGUGUGGCUGUCAUGAUCCUUCUGGUUCCGAUAAAUGCUGUGAUGGCAAUGAAGACAAAAACCUAUCAGGUAGCUCAAAUGAAGAGCAAAGACAACAGAAUUAAGCUGAUGAAUGAAAUUCUCAAUGGGAUUAAAGUUCUGAAACUUUAUGCUUGGGAAUUAGCCUUCAGAGAGAAGGUAUUAGAGAUCAGACAGAAAGAACUCAAAGUCCUAAAAAAAUCUGCUUACCUUGCUGCAAUGGCAACCUUCACUUGGGUUUGUGCUCCUUUUUUGGUUGCCUUGUCGACGUUUGCUGUGUAUGUCACAAUAGACAAGAACAACAUCUUGGAUGCUCAGAAGGCAUUUGUUUCCCUAGCAUUGUUCAACAUCCUCAGGUUCCCAUUGAACAUGCUUCCUAUGGUUAUCAGCAGCAUAGUAGAAGCCAGUGUCUCCUUGAAGCGCCUUAGGGUGUUCCUGUCUCAUGAAGAGUUAGAUCCAGACAGCAUAAUCAGGGGUCCCAUCACAGAGGCUGAAGGAAGCAUUGUUGUAAAGAAUGCAACGUUCAGCUGGUCCAAAAAUGAUCCUCCUUCACUGAACAGCAUUAAUUUCACUGUUCCUGAAGGCUCCUUGGUAGCUGUUGUUGGUCAAGUUGGCUGUGGAAAAUCUUCAUUGCUGUCUGCAUUACUGGGGGAGAUGGACAAAAAGGAAGGCUACGUGGUUGUCAAGGGCUCAGUAGCAUACGUUCCUCAGCAAGCCUGGGUCCAAAACGCAACUCUGGAAGAUAACAUUAUCUUUGGAAGGGAGAUGAAUGAGAGUCGGUACAAGCGUGUGAUUGAGGCUUGUGCACUGCUACCUGAUAUAGAGAUUCUUCCUACGGGUGACAAAACAGAAAUAGGAGAAAAGGGUGUGAAUUUGUCUGGAGGACAGAAACAGCGAGUCAGUCUUGCUCGGGCAGUUUAUUGUAAUGCAGAUGUCUAUUUAUUUGACGAUCCUUUAUCAGCUGUUGAUGCCCACGUUGGGAAGCAUAUUUUUGAAAAAGUUAUUGGACCAAAAGGAAUCCUGAAAAAUAAAACAAGGGUUUUGGUAACCCAUGCAAUCAACUAUCUGCCUCAAAUGGAUACAAUUCUGGUAAUGACUGAUGGAGAAAUCUCCGAGACGGGCUCCUAUCAGGAGCUGCUGAAGCAAGAUGGGGCUUUUGCCGAAUUUCUUCGUACAUAUGCUAAUGCUGAACAAAGUGUGGAGAAGAACUCAGAUCCUUCGUUAGAAGGAACGAUUCAACCUCUGGAAACAGAUACAAAUAGUCCAUCUGGAAAGGAGGGAAAGCCUAUAGAAAAUGGAGUCCUUGUGAGUGAAGCCACUGGAAAGGUGAUUCAUAGGCAACUCAGUAACUCUUCAACGUACAGCAGAGACACUGGGAAGUCACAGCACCAGAGCAGCACAUCAGAGCUGCAGAAGCCACUUGCUGAAAAGAAUUCCUGGAAACUGACGGAGGCCGACACAGCGAAGACAGGCAGGGUAAAGGCAACAGUGUACUGGGACUACAUGAAAGCAAUUGGACUCUUUAUCUCUUUCUUGAGCAUUUUCCUCUUUAUGUGUAAUCAUAUAGCCUCCCUGGCUUCCAACUACUGGCUAAGUCUAUGGACAGAUGAUCCUGUUAUCAAUGGGACACAGCAGUACACAAAUGUCAGACUGGGAGUGUAUGGAGCACUGGGAAUUUCUCAAGGUAUUGCUGUGUUUGGCUACUCGAUGGUUGUGUCAAUAGGGGGAAUAUUUGCUUCACGACACCUGCACCUUAACCUGCUGCACAAUGUCCUCAGGUCUCCAAUGAGUUUCUUUGAACGUACACCCAGUGGAAACCUGGUGAACCGUUUCUCUAAGGAGAUAGAUACCAUUGACUCCACCAUUCCACCGAUCAUCAAGAUGUUCAUGGGCUCGACAUUUAACGUGAUUGGGGCUUGUAUCAUCAUUCUGCUGGCCACACCAAUAGCUGCUGUCAUUAUUCCACCUCUGGGACUUGUCUACUUGUUUGUGCAGAGAUUUUAUGUGUCCACUUCUCGCCAACUCAAACGCCUUGAGUCUGUCAGUCGUUCUCCUAUAUAUUCUCACUUCAAUGAGACCCUCCUGGGAGUCAGUGUCAUUCGAGCCUUUGAGGAGCAGAAACGUUUCAUAAAGCAGAAUGACAUGAAAGUGGAUGAAAAUCAGAAAGCAUAUUAUCCAAGCAUUGUUGCAAACAGAUGGCUGGCUGUCCGUCUGGAGUACGUGGGGAACUGUAUUGUCCUCUUUGCAGCAUUGUUUGCAGUGAUUGCACGCAACAAGCUCAGUGCAGGACUGGUUGGCCUCUCAGUGUCCUACUCACUGCAGAUUACAGCAUACUUGAACUGGCUAGUUCGCAUGUCAUCUGAGCUGGAAACCAACAUUGUUGCUGUUGAAAGAGUUAAAGAAUACGCUGAAAUGGAGAAGGAGGCUGAAUGGAGUAUUGAACAAACUGCCCCAGCAAGUACCUGGCCUGAGGAAGGGAAGGUUGAGUUCCGAGGCUAUGGCUUACGUUACCGGGAAGACUUGGAUUUGGUUCUGAAAAACAUAAAUGUUACCAUAAAUGGGGGUGAGAAGAUUGGAAUAGUUGGGAGAACGGGAGCUGGAAAAUCCUCCCUUACUUUAGGUUUGUUUCGGAUUAAUGAAGCAGCUGAAGGAGAAAUUAUCAUCGAUGGAAUUAAUAUUGCAAAGAUAGGGCUCCAUGACUUGAGGUUCAAGAUCACCAUCAUUCCUCAGGAUCCAAUAUUGUUUUCUGGCUCUCUGCGUAUGAAUCUUGAUCCUUUUGACCAACACUCUGAUGAAGACAUUUGGAGGUCUUUGGAAUUGGCUCACCUGAAAAACUUUGUGUCGUCCCUUCCUGAUAAACUUAAUCAUGAGUGUGCUGAAGGGGGUGAGAACCUCAGUGUGGGACAGCGCCAGCUGGUGUGCCUGGCACGAGCUCUGCUCAGGAAGUCCAAAAUCCUGGUUCUGGAUGAAGCCACAGCUGCUGUUGAUCUUGAAACAGAUAAGCUUAUACAAUCAACAAUAAAGUCUCAAUUUGAAGAAUGUACUGUAUUAACUAUAGCACAUCGUCUGAACACAAUCAUGGACUACACAAGAGUUUUAGUCCUGGACAGAGGAGAAGUGGUGGAGUGUGGUAGCCCAGACCACCUACUUCAGGAAAAAGGCAUUUUCUAUAGCAUGGCCAAAGAUUCAGGCUUGGUGUAGCAUUUGAACUUGGUUAGUUCGUGUGGGGAAGAGGGAGGGGGAUACAUUCAAAGAACUGUAACUUUCCCUGAGCUGAUGUGAACUGUACAGUUCAGUUUCAGACCUAGUGAAGUGAGCCAGAGUAUGGCGAUGAAAGUAACAGAAAAAUGCAAUUUUUUUUUUUAUCCUCCUUAGUAUUGAUUUUAGCCAGCCUUAGGAGAAGC